AUGGAAGAUAUCCGAGAUGACCUAUUGUUGGAGUGUGAACUUCUUCUCUUGUCCUUUGCAACAGGCAUCCAAGACGCAGCAGCCUGGCCCGAUUACUCCUGUUUUGCGUCAAAUCAAACUGGAAACACGCUUUUCCUAGCCAUUGGUGUUGCGGGUCUCACAAACAACGCAUACAGCUUCCCGAAUAUCGGUGCCAGUCUCUCCAUGUUCGUGGCUGGAGGGCUGAUAUUGGGCCAGAUCGGCAACUAUAUUGGGGUGCGGCGACGGUUAUGGAUCCUCAUCAGCAAUAUCAUCCAAACCUCUCUCGUCUUUGCUGCUGUUUGCAUUCAAUAUUCACUUCCUAUUCAACGAGAUGGUCCGGCUGCUCUGGCAGUAAUUGCACUUCUGGCCUUCUCAGCCGGUGGACAGGUGGCUAUGAGUCGCUCGUUGAAAAUCACAGAAAUAACCACGGCGAUGGCAACGGCAGCUUUUGUGGACCUGGUGAUCGACCCAGGGUUGAUGAAGCUGCGCAACCGGUUACGAAAUCGCCGAUUCAUGUUUAUCAUCAUGCUAUCAGCCGGUUGUUUCGUGGGAGCAUUUGCACAACGUGAAAUCAGCUCGACACUCCCACUUCUCUUAUGCGCCAUUGGAAAAGCCGUGGUGACACUUGGGUUUUUGUUUAAUCGGCCCAUUGACAGAGAAAAUCCGAAGGAGCGUGCACUAUCCCGGAUGUCUUCAGAGUCCUCGGAGACUUGUUGA